CACCUUUUGCUAAAGCAACUACUUUACUUGGAGGUAGUACUUAUUCUACUAUAAGCUUUAUGUUACUAGCAAUUAAAGUAUUAUUACAAAAUUGUAAAUCUAAAGCAAGUGAUGAUGAGAAUUAUCAAAUCGAAUCUAAAUCUGAUAAUAUAAAUUUUGAUGAUAUUACUACAAUAUUUGACGAAGAAGAAAUUAUU